CGAAGUUCUUGGUAUCUAUCCUAUGUGUGCAGUAUUUAAUUCAGUGUUUGUAGUAACCUCUGUGCCGUAAUCCCCAGCAGUUUUAUGUAAAAUUAAAAAUGCACUUUCCAUUGACUGGCUACCACAUUAAAUGCACCAGUGCAAUUAUUUAAUAGAGAUCCGCUAAGGAGAGCUAUUGGAAAAAUAUGCCUUCAUGAACGAUCCUGACACUGUCUAAAAUACAGUAUUAACCAUGGUUCUUCAUCAAGUUCACGCCACGUGUUUUUCGCAGAUUGGCCCGCGUAUCUCAACAUCUCGCCGGCGAGCCACGAUCGGUUGCUUGCGUCCUCUGCACACUUGUGCAGUCAUAUCUGAGUUCAUCUACUUUAUUUAUGACAGCUAUGUACAUAUAAUGACAGGCACAGCAAUUAAAUGCUCUUCCAUUAGAUGGCAGAAUGUACAUUUAAUCUCUGGUUAACAGGAUAAAUAGAAGAAUAUUAGCUUUUUUUGUUCAGCUAGACAUGCCCAGACUUCACACUAGAUAAAUAAAUCAAUUUGUGAGUGAGUGAGUGAGUGAGUGAGUGAGUGAGUGAGUGAGUGAGUGAGUGAGUGAGUGAGUGAGUGAGUGAGUGAGUGAGUGAGUGAGUGAGUGAGUGAGUGAGUGAGUGAGUGAGUGAGUGAGUGAGCGAGCGAGCGAGUGAGUGAGCGAGUGAGCGAGAUGGGAUCAUCACUGAACUACAAUUCUUUUUGUAAAUUUUCAGGUUUUAUUUAUCUGGUUCUGUGCUUUGAGAUUUGCCAAAUUUAAAAUGUAUUCCUUGUCUCAAAAAAGAUGGGCGGCAGUAUUAGUAGUGUCACAGGUGUCAAACUCAAGGAACAGGGGCCAGAUCUGGCCCGCCGCAUCAUUUGGCGUGGCCCGCGUAAGCAAAUCAUUUGCAUCAAAUUCCAUCAUUUGUGUUCAAAUCUGGAUAAAAAUUUCAAAUCAUCAUAUGAAAUAAAUAUUGAGAUAUUGCAAUAUUUUUUUUUUCAUUACCAAACACCUUUGGGUGGACGACUUCAAAUACUUGGGGUCAACGAUCCAGAGUGAGGGUGAGUGUGGUAAGGAAGUGAAGAAACGGGUCCAAGCGAGGUUUAACAGUUGGCGGAAGGUGUCUGGUGUUCUAUGUGACAGAAGAGUCUCCGCUAGGAUGAAGGGCAAAGUUUAUAAAACAGCGGUGAGGCCGGCCAUGAUGUACGGAUGAGAGACCGAGUGUCACUGAAGAGACAACAGGAAGGAGAACUGGAGGUGGCAGAAAUGAAGAUGCUGAGGUGCUCGCUCGGAGUCAGCAGGCAGAAAUGAGCUCAUUAGAGGGAAAGCCAAAGUUGGAUCUUUUGGAGACAAGAGAGAGCAGACUUUGACGGUUUCAACACAUCCAGAGGCGAGAGAGUGAGUACAUUGGUAGAAGGGUGCUGAGGGUGGAGCCCCCAGGCAAAAAAGCGGGAGGAAGACUAAAGAAAAGGUUGAUGGAUGUUGUGAGGGAAGUCACGAAGACUGGGGGUGCUACAGAGGAAGAUGCACGAGAUAGGCUGAGAUGGAAAAAGAUGACACGCUGUGGCGACCCCUAACAGGACAAGCCGAAAGGAAAAGAAAAAGAAGACCUUUUUACAGUAACUUGAACAAUGCUAUUAUGCUUGACUUCCAAUUUGAAAAUUGAAUAUGGAUUUCCAAAAUAUGUUCUAUUGAAUACAACAAGGUGUUAAUUAUAUGAGUGUUGUAGUUUUCAAUGUGGCAGCACAGCGGUUCAGAAGUUAGCUCAUCUGCCUCAUUGUUCGGAGCUUGAGGGUUGUCGUGCAUGGAGGGACUUUCUCUCGCUUCCUCUCACAUUUCAUAAGCAUGCACGCGAGGUUCCUUGAAGACUCUCGCUUGUCCAGAUAUUGUGAAUAUGAGUAUCAAUGCCCGUUUGUCUAUGUGGGCGCUGCGAUUGGUUGCCGACCAGUCCAGAGUCCGCUCUGCCGCUCACUCAAAAUCACCCGGGAGAGAAUCCGGAUCACCCGCGACCCUGAACGGGAUAAGCGGGGACAAGGGGGAUACAGGCUUGGAUGGGCCCUCUGGUUUGAAGGGGGUAACAGGCACGACGUGUGACUGUGGAAAAUACAGGAGGGUGUUGGGACAGAUGGACGUCUUUGUGGGCAAGCUGAGGAACGCUCUCAAGUUUGUCAAGAAGAUCAUGUUGGGACUGACGGAAAGUGAUGAGCGCUACUACCUGCUGGUGAAGGAGGCCAAAAACUUCAAGGAGGCCUCAACGAACUGCAAGCUGAGAGGCGGCGCCUUGGCCGUGCCCAACACCGUCAACAGCAACCGGCUCGUGGCGGAUUAUGUCAGUCAGUCCGGACUCAGCAGGGUUUACGUCGGCUUCCGGCCGAACAUCACCGACACCCUCGCGCAAAAUGGAGGAAACAGUUCCGGGGAUGCAGAUUCCAUCCCACCUUCCGACUUUGCUUCCGACGAUCUGACUUCGGCCAGCCGCAACGCGAGCUGCGUGGAGCUGCUCAGCACGGGGACGUGGAAUCGCGUGCCGUGUGACACCGCCAUGUUUUUCAUCUGUGAGUUUCCAAAAGGCAGGAUAAGAAGAGGAGGACGGGGAGGCGCCGUCGACUCGACACCUUGAGUUAUUGAUCAGACUUCCA